AUGUUUUCGAGCUUUGGAUCUUCCGUAUUUGGUGGUGGGAUGUCAGGGUUUGGAAUCCCUGGAAGCAACACCUUUGAAGAAUAUUUCAGGUGUUAUCCUAUAGCAAUGAUGCCAGAUUUGAUACGUAAAGAUGAUGCAAACUAUGGAGGGAAAAUAUUUUUGCCACCUUCGGCAUUGAACAAAUUGACCAUGUUGCAUAUAAGAUAUCCCAUGUUGUUUGAGCUACGAAACGAGCAAAAAGACCUAUUAACACACAGUGGUGUUUUGGAGUUCACCAGUGAGGAAGGAAGAUGCUACAUCCCACAAUGGAUGAUGAGUACAUUGAAAUUGCAGCCUGGUGGGUUGAUCAAAGUUAAGAACUGUGACUUGAACUUGGGGAAAUUUGUCAAGAUUGAACCGCAAAGUGUCGACUUUUUGGACAUUAGUGACCCCAAGGCAGUUUUGGAGAAUGUGUUGCGUAAAUUCUCAACGUUGACUGUGAAUGAUGUAAUUGAGGUGAACUACAAUGAUUCGAUUUACGGAAUUAAGGUUUUGGAAGUGAAACCGGAGAGUGAAAAUCAUGGUAUUUGUGUUGUGGAGACUGAUUUGGAGACCGAUUUUGCACCUCCAGUCGGCUAUGUCGAACCAGAAUAUAAACCAAAGAGCGUCACUCCAUCACUGCUGAAACCUAUUGAUCCAUCCAGUGUAAAUAGGAGUGCAGGUGCGGCAACUAUGGCCAAGUCUAUUAACUAUGCUCAAAUUGUCACUGAUGCUACAUCGAACGGUGGGGCAACAUCAAGAUUUGGAGGAUCGGGACAAAAACUAUCAGGCAAGAAAAUUGAAGAUGCCCAUACUUCAAACGGAACCUACAGUAUGGAUGACUUGGAUCCAAAUGCCCCAGCUGUUCCGUUGAAUCUACCGGAUAACCAAUUAUUCUUUGGGUUCCCAGUGGUGUUGCCAAGUCAAGAAGAGAUAGAUGAGGGUCUUGAAGAUAAACAAAAGAGCAGGCAAGCGUUCUCUGGGUCGGGUCAAUCGUUGCGACAAAGUAGGAAACGAAAGGACAAAAGUACAAGCCAUCCAUCUUUGAAGAAUCAUGAGCGAAGUCCAGAUGUUAUAGAGAUUGAUUAG